GGAUUUCCAUUUUAUCAAAAGUAAUAUAUUUUCUCUCUGAUUGUUUUGCUUUGCCUCUGUCUCUGUCUCUGUCUCUGUCUGUUUGCCGGGAAAGUUGCAGAGGAAAAAAAUGUGGUAUUUCUCUUUCUGGGUCUUAAAGAAACAAUGUUGGAAUUGAUUUUUCAAAAGAAAAAAAAAAAUGGAGCUUAUGAGCUAUACUCUCAACGAAGUCCAGAUAAAAUUCUGCUUUGUUAUCAAGUUUUCUCAUUUGGGUGUUUCUAAAAAUUGAUCAAAGUUUGCUUCUUGUAGUGUUUUGUUUGUGUAUUUUUUUUUUUUUUUGUUUCUCAUUUUGAAUGGCGCAAGCAGAGAAUAUUGGAAGCAGAGAAAUAAGCCGACGAAUUCCCAUGCAAAUGAGGAAUUUCCCGAGAGAUCUGUUGCCGAGAAUUAUGGCUGGGAAUCAUUUUCAUGAGAAAAUGGAAGUGGAAGAGGGAAGCGAAGAAGAUAGGGAGGAGAUAGAGCUAAGUCUUGGGCUUUCACUGAAUGGUCGGUUUGGGGUGGACCCUGAAAGAGCAAAGAAGCUUAUGAGGUCGUCUUCGAUACCAGACUUUGUGAAGGAAGAAAAAGAGACAACGUGUGUGGUACCUAUGGCUUGUGCACCAACACCUUUGAUAAGGACUUGUUCUUUGCCUACGGAGACAGAGGAGCAGUGGAGGAAGAGGAAGGAGUUGCAGAGUCUGAGAAGAUUGGAAGCGAAGAGGAAAAGGUCGGAGAAGCAAAGGAAUUGGAAGGAUAAGAGGGUGGACAAUACUAAUAAUAAUAACAAUAAUAGUAGUAAUAAUAGUAAUGAUCAGAAAGAGAAAGAGCAGUGUGUGAAGGUUUUGAAUGAGUUUUCUUGGGGUUGUGAAAAAGGAAAUGGCUUGGAGGGGUUUUCACAACAACCAAUACCCUUAUCACAAGGCUCAAUUGGUUCCCAAGGGAGUGCCUCUUCUGGGAUUUCUGAAUCCGAAAGCCAACCAUCUCAGCCUCAAGGCAACCAGUUAUGUGGCACAUUUUUUCCUGUGUCAGUGUGUCUUGUACUGCUCCAAUUGAGUUACACAUCAACUGUAACUAAUAGGGAAAUUCAACUGAAGCUGGGAUUGAAGUCAACCCUUGCUUAUGGGGGAGAAGAUUCCAUUUGGUCCAAAGCAAUUGGCGAGUUCACACAGUUUCCCAGCCAAAUGGACUUGAGUUUCUUAUGAAAAUUUGAUUUUCAGUGCAACAGAUGAUGCCCAAGAAUGAACAAGUGCAUAGAAGUGAGAAGUCCCACCAGUGCUCACUCAACAGAAAGUGACCAGAAACCACCACUCUACAAUGGAAUGACAAUCACCGAAAAAUCAAGCAGGUGUGCUGCAGCUCUGAUGGAAAAUCAAUCUGAAAAACCUACGGAUGCUGACAAGGGAGUAGCUAAGGAGAUUGUGAGAAAUGUGUUGGAAGAUAUGCCUUGUGUGUCUACCAAAGGUGAUGGCCCCAAUGGAAAAAGGAUAGAAGGUUUUCUUUACAGAUAUAGGAAAGGUGAGGAAGUGAGGAUAGUGUGCGUUUGUCAUGGCAGCUUUCUAACUCCCGCAGAGUUUGUCAAGCAUGCUGGUGGUGGUGAUGUGGCACACCCUCUAAAACAUAUAGUUGUUAACCCCACUCCCUUUUUGUAAUGUUUAUCCUGUAUCCAUGUGAGGAAGACUACCAAAACGGUGGAUUCAUUUUCUCUUUCGUGUUUUUUAGUUUUCAAUUUUCUUGUCUUUCAAUGGAGUGGCACUCGUAUUGUAUUCAGUCAGUACAUGAAGCCUCUCGUUCAAAAGGUUAAAGUGGAUAUAGAGCAUUUCAAGUCCUUUCUUUUA